AUGAGGAAAAAGCAAUGGGAUUUUUUGACUAAUAUGAGCAAAAUCUGGGGUAAAAAAAAAGUUUUAAUUGGGGAUUUUAAUGACAUAAUUUCCAAUGAUGAAAAAUGGGGGGGCAGGUUGAGGCCUAAUUGGACGUUCUCUGACUUCAAAGGCUUUAUUAACAACAAUGAGCUCCUGGAUAUUGGUUUUGUGGGCCUCCCUUGGACUUGGAGUAACCUAUGGGAGGGGGAUGGAGAAAUUAAACAGAGAUUGGACAGAGCUCUUGCAAGUGCAGAAUGGUGCGAAGUAUUCAAAGAUGCAAGAGUGACUCAUAUUGAAGUGGAAGCAUCUGAUCACAACAUUAUCCUCUUGGAGACAGAGCCUAGAAUCAGAAAACCAAAAAGAAGAUUUCACUUUGAUUCCAGAUGGUUGCAAUAUAGGGAAGUGGAGGGCAUAAUCCAAGAGGUUUGGGGUAAAAACCAAGUGGGGUCUAGAGGAGUGAGAAUCAGCAGGAAGAUCAAACAGUGCAAAAUGAAUCUAUCAGCCUGGAGUAGAAUGCUGAAGCUAAAUAGCAAAAAAGAAAUCAAAAGGAUCAAAGAAGAGAUUCAUGCUACAAGGACCAGGAAUGGUAAUAAUGCUAAAGAGACCAUUAAAAUGCUUAGGAAGCAGCUUUCUGAAGCUUAUAAACAAGAGGAACUUUAUUGGAACCAGAGGGCUAGAAUCAAUUGGCUUCAAAGUGGGGACAAGAACACAUCUUAUUUUCAUGCUGUUGUGAAUGGCCGAAGGAAAAGAAAUAGAAUUACCAGGCUUGAGAAGGAACAGGGUGGAUGGUGCACAACCGAGGAGGAAUUUGGAGAGGAGAUUGCUCACUUCUACAAUCAGCUAUUCACAUCUUCGAAGCCAUCAGAUUUUGAUGAGAUAUUAAAUGGUAUUCCGAGGACUAUCACUGAGCAGAUGAAUUUGCAACUUACCAGACCUAUUACCGAGAAGGAAAUCAGAAUUGCUGUGUUCUCCAUGCACCCAAACAAAUCCCCAGGACCUGAUGGUAUGUCCCCUGUAUUUUUUCAAAGAUUUUGGAAUAUUAUCAAAGUAGAUGUAGUUGAUACUAUCCAAGGUUUUUUUCACACUGGCUUCCUCUCCAAAGCUAUCAAUGAGACCCUGGUCACCCUUAUUCCUAAAAUAGACAACCCCUUCAAUCUUGCUCACUUUAGGCCUAUCAGUCUGUGUAAUGUUUUUUACAAAAUAAUUUCCAAGAUUAUGGUGAACAGACUCAAACCUCUUCUUAACUCUUGCAUUAGUUACUCUCAGGCUACUUUUGUUCCAAAUAGGCAAAUACUUGACAAUGUCAUAGUUGUUCACGAAUAUAUGCACUGGCUGAAGUCAAAAAGAAAGGGGAAGGAGGGGUACAUGGCCAUUAAGCUUGACCUUUCCAAAGCCUAUGAUAGAGUCGAGUGGAAAUUCCUAUAUGCCAUUUUCUGUAAAAUGGGAUUUGCCCCUCUGUGGAUUAGAUGGAUGCAUAGCUGCCUUUCCUCUGUGUCUUACUCUUUCAAUAUUAAUGGUGUGAAGCGAGGGUAUGUUAAUCCAUCUAGAGGAAUUAGACAGGGAGAUCCCCUUUCCCCGUACCUAUUUAUGUUCUGUGUUGAAGGGCUUUCUAAUCUCCUAAACAAUGCUGUCAGUAACAAACAAAUUUCAGGUGUCAAAAUUGUCAGACAAGGCCCCAAUGUAUCCCUUUUUUUUUUUGUUGAUGACUCACUCAUUUUUUGUAAAGCUAAUGGUGAUGAAGCAAGACACAUAAAAGAGAUACUGGAGUGCUAUGGAAAAGCAUCAGGACAACAAGUCAACAUCAACAAAUUAGCAGUCAUCUUCAGUAAAAAUACAGGCAGUAGGGAGAAGGAGGAGGUGCUACAGAAGUUAGGAGGAAUCCAACAAGUUACACAAGGAAAGUACUUGGGCCUACCCCUAGUGGUUGGAAGGUCGAAAAACAGUGUGUUCAGAUUCAUCAGAGACAAUUUGAUGUCUAGGAUUCAGAACUGGAAAGGGAAAUUGUUGAGUAAUGCAGGGAAAGAGGUGCUACUCAAAUCAGUUGCCACUGCUCUUCUAUCCUAUGCCAUGUCCGUGUUCAGAUUAUCAAAGAGCCUGUGCAAAGAGCUAAGUGGGUUAAUGGCCAGAUUUUGGUGGGGAAAUGAUCAAGGGGAAAAAAGAAUGCAUUGGAAGAAAUGGAAUGAUAUUGCUGAUAGGAAAGAAAAUGGUGGUCUUGGGUUUAGGGAUUUGCUCUGUUUCAAUGAAGCUUUGCUUGCCAAACAAGUUUGGCGACUUAUUACCUGUCCCAACUUGUUAGUAAGUAAAGUUAUGAAAAACAGAUACUUCCCUAAUUCCAAUAUCUUUCAAUCCAAAGUAAAAGCUGGAGCAUCAUGGAUUUGGCAAAGUUUGCAUAGUUCUUUAGAGUUGCUUGAAAGUGGAAUCUGGAAGCAAGUUGGGGAUGGAUCAACAGUGGAAAUAUGGGAAGAUAGAUGGUUAGAUAAUUCAAAAAAUGGAAGAGUCUCCUCCCUAAAACCAAAUGGCUACCAACUAACCAAAGUUAGCAGUUUGAUCAAGGGGAGGAAUGGAACAAAGACAUCAUUCAAGGACUGUUUUCAAAGGAAUAGGCAAAGGCGAUCAUGGCUAUUCCUCUCAGUGUAUUCCAAAAGAAUGACAGAUUCAAAUGGAGAUAUACAGAUAAUGGCUGCUAUUCUUCUAAAUCUGGGUAUGCUAAGGCCAAAGAGAGAUUCAAAGAGAGCAGUGAGAAGAAUAAGGCGAAUGUUAAUUCCAGCACAAACAAGGAAAGAUCCAAGAAGGACGAGCAAGGGUGAUCCGAUAUGCAAAUACUGCGGGGAAGAACCAGAAACGACUGAACAUGCACUUUUUCGCUGCAAAUCUAGAGUGCUGGCUUGGGCAACAUUUCCUGUCUCUUGGGACGACAUUGAAGAACAUAACUGGAACUUUUGGAAAUGGUGGGAACAUAUGCAGGGUGGCAGAUCAAGGGAAGAUGGGAAUAAACACAUUGAAAUCACAGCAAAUUUUCUCUGGCAAAUUUGGAAGGCAAGAAAUGGGUGGAACUUUAACCAGGAUCUAAAAGAAGAUGACCAGAUAUCCAAAAAAGCAAUGGAAGAAUGGAUAGAGUUUGAUGAAGCAGGAAGAAAUGCAGAGGUGACCAAUGGUACGGGCCGCCAACCAGAUGACAGACAGAGCAUGUUAGUUGGACUAAUGGAACAACAUAGUUCCAUUAUGUAUACGGAUGCAGGAAUGAAUCAAGCCAGAAAGAAAGCAGGAGUGGGAAUCAUUGCUAAAGCUAACAAUGGCAGGAUUCUGACGACUUGGUCUAUCCCGCAGCCAAGAGGUAGAGAUGCAACUGAAAUGGAGGUUAUCGCUAUUAGAACAGCACUGAGCAAGGCUAUUGAGAAAGAUAUGACAUCCUUAUUGAUCCUCUCGGACUGCAAAGCAGUGGUGGAUAGAAUCAUUAUAGGAGGUCAAGGUCUAACCUCUUUGGACAUGCUCGUUGAAGACAUAAAGCAGUUGAGUCUCUCAUUCUGGAAAUGCUCCUUUUUUCACAUAAGGAGAGAAAUGAACCUGUGUAGCCAUAGGCUAGCUAAGUUAGCAAUUAACUUGUUACAUGAAACUAGGUGGAAGCAAUCAUUCCCUGUGUGGCUUAACAAAGAAGCCCACAAUGAUUUCCUGGCAGUUGCCAGCCUUUUGUAA